AAAAGAAGAAUCUUAUUUACUCAAAUGCAAGUUAGUGAGCUUGAGAAACGCUUUAAGCGGCAACGCUAUCUCUCCGCACAAGAACGCGAACAUCUAGCUAAAUUAAUUGAUUUAACUCCGACACAAGUUAAAAUUUGGUUUCAAAAUCAUAGGUACAAGUGUAAACGACAAUUU